AUCUUUUCUGCGGCGGUCGCAGCUCAGUUGACGGCCGAGACACCCGCAGACCUUUUGUCACCUCCCUACAUGACUUCUUCCAUCGAUUUUCUCUCGAACCCUAAUUGUUCGACGCGCGCCAUGUCCGAGGAAUUAAUGCCUGAGCUCCAACCCACCGCCGACGAGCCGAUUCCAAGAUGCGGCGUCUGCAGCAUGAGCUGACAUGCGUGAACGUUCCAUUCUGCAGCUGCAGAAUCAACUCGCCUACGAGCGACAGAAGUUGCAAGACACCCGCGACGGUCUUCUAACUUCACUGACCCCACCACCGGACGACCCCAAUCUACUCCUAAAUGCGCUUCGAGAUGCGGAGACCCAUCAGUCCACCCGGGGAAUCAAACGCUCGCGCUCGGAAUCGGAAGACCUCGAGGCUUUCGAACCCACUCCACCGGAGGACGACUUGGAAUGGACGACAUACUGCAGGUCGGGAUUUUUACUCCCUGUAACUAGCGUAUAUGAGGGGACCAGCCGCAAGGAGUUCAAUGCGUUCAAGCGAAAGCUGGCAGAGCAUUUUGCCACCACGGGGUCAUUUCUCACCAACGAAAGGCACAUGGUGCGGGAAGCGUUGCGGCAUGUGUCACGACGUAUCGCCGACAAGUGGACGAUACACUCGCAGCGGAAGGGCGAUGGCUCGUGGCUGGAGUUUCAUUCAUUCCUCGACCAGCAAUUUCCGUCCACUCGAUAUACCCCGGUCUACGCAGAAUCGCUUUAUCGGAACCCCAAGCAGCGAGUGAACCAAUCCGUCCACCAGUUUAUGCGCUAUCUUAGUUGCCUUGAAGCGGCUAUGCCGCAACUCUUUGAUGAAGCGCAUCGGUCUUUGAAGUUAUGGCACGGUACACUACCCGAAAUCUGCCAGGCCUCGGACUUGCAUCCCAACGAGGCCUCGUUCAACGCCUUGGUCGAUUCCUUGGAGAAGGCCGAGGCAUCACUUCAGGAGAGGGUCCAGGCACUGGGGGGCUCCAUCCCCUCGAGAGGAGACUCGACAAAGAAGUCUAAAAAGAGACGUCGCAGAUGAACCUACGUCUGUUCGUGACUUGUACAAUCUCGUUCAUAUAAACCGGGAUCUAUGCUUUGCCUAGCGGUCUUUGCUCGAUUUGUCUCUGAUCUUUUCGGUUCUCUCGAUCUUCCCUUUCACCUUCUCAUUCUUCCCUGUCUCGGUUUCUAGAUCUGUUUCUCUCUUUCUUAUCAGGUAGUCAGGUACUAUCUUUCGAUGUAUAAAUAUUUUGAUGUAUAAUAGUUAGGUAUUCGGGGUUUACUGUAAAGCAAUUUCCCAUUCUUGCU